GUCUCAUGUAAGCUAGCUGGCCACUCUCGUUUGUUUCGAAGCGCUAGAAGCUGGCUGAAAAAUAACAUUAAUAUUCACGAAUAUAGAAUUUUAGUUUGGACCAAAGCGCACAAAGAAUGAGAAGAGUUACCCUAUUCGUUAACGGGACGUCUAAAAAUGGCAAGGUUGUAGCAGUGUACGGGACCUUGCCUGAUUUAUUAUCUGUUGCGAGCAACAAGCUGGGAAUCAAAGCAUCUUGUUUAUACAAUGGAAAGGGUGGUCUCAUAGAUGAUAUUGCCCUAAUUCGAGAUGACGAUGUGCUGUAUGUGUCAGAAGGGGAUCCAUUUAUUGACCCACAGAAUGAAACCAAAGUUGCACCUGAUCAGCAUGGAGCCCAAACUGACUGGCUAACUCUGAAUAUUGGUGGCCGUCUCUUCACCACCACCAGGAGCACUUUGGUCAGCAAAGAGCCUGAGAGCAUGCUUGCUCACAUGUUUCGUGAGAAAGAUGUGUGGGGAAACAAACAGGACGAGCACGGGGCGUACUUAAUCGACCGCAGCCCUGAAUACUUUGAGCCCAUUCUCAACUAUCUGAGGCACGGUCAGCUCAUUGUCAACGAAGGCAUAAACAUAAGAGGAGUCCUGGAGGAGGCUCGCUUCUUUGGAGUUGAGCAGCUGGCUGAACAGCUGGAAGUAGCAAUCAAGAACUCGCAGCCACCCGAGGACCACUCUCCCAUUUCCCGCAAGGAGUUCGUUCGUUUUCUUUUGGCAACUUCCACCAAAUCCGAGCUCCGCUGUCAGGGACUUAAUUUCAGUGGUGCCGAUUUAUCCAGACUCGAUCUGCGCUAUAUCAAUUUCAAGAUGGCAAAUCUCAGCCGCUGUAACUUGUCACAUGCUAAUCUGUGCUGUUCCAACCUGGAGCGGGCUGAUCUUUCUGGAGCCAACCUGGAUGGUGCUAAUUUACAAGGAGUUAAGAUGCUCUGCUGCAACGCUGAAGGAGCUUCUCUCAAAGGAUGCAACUUUGAAGAUCCCUCUGGACUAAAGGCCAAUCUAGAAGGUGCAAACCUAAAAGGAGUUGAGAUGGAAGGAAGUCAAAUGACCGGCAUCAACCUGCGUGUGGCCACUCUGAAAAAUGCUAAGCUGAAGAACUGUAACCUGCGGGGGGCCACUUUGGCAGGGACGGAUCUCGAGAACUGCGACCUGUCCGGCUGCGAUCUACAAGAGGCCAAUCUGCGAGGGUCCAAUGUGAAAGGAGCCAUUUUUGAAGAGAUGCUGACUCCCCUGCACAUGUCUCAAAGUGUCAGAUAAUUCACCUGCAC